GAAGAUUUCCUGGACCUCACGGUGGCUCUAAAGGACAUGGGCAGCUUGGAGGAGUCUUUAUGCAGCAUGUAUGUGGAGGAAGAAAUAUUUGAUGGUGACAAUCUUUAUCGUUGUGGAGCUUGUAAUAAGCUUGUUCCUGCAGCCAAGUCAGCAAAAUUGGGAAAGCUGCCACCUUUUCUCACACUCUCUCUCCUGAGGUUUAACUUUGACUUCAGAAAGUGUGAGCGCUACAAAGAGACUUCACGAUACACCUUUCCCACCCGGCUCAACAUCCGGCCUUUUUGUGAGCAGCAAGACCUAGAUGAUGCAGUACAAAUGUAUGAGCUCUUCUCAGUUAUCAUACACAAGGGCAGUUGCUAUGGAGGCCAUUAUCAUGUCUAUAUCCAGGAUGUGGAUGAACUGGGAUGCUGGGGAUACCAGGAAGAGAAAAGAAAGGUGGCAAUGUCGGGGGAUUCCGGGGAAGAACAAGACUGUCCUGCUGUUACACUUGCUGCUGUCAUAGCAGAGGAUGGAGCAGAUAAAAUGCUUCCACUUGAUCAACUGAGCCAGAAACUGCUGGAGCACACAGGGUCCUCCUGGAAUAAGGUCUAUAGGAAGAAGCAUGGAGCCCUUCGCAAGUUCCUGCAGCAUCAUCCCUCUGUCUUUCAGCUAAGCUCUGAUGGCUCUUUGGUGGGGCUAUCUCAUACACAAAAUGCCACUGAUCCUCAGUGUUGUAGGCCAAGCAGUUCAGGAAAUGUCCAAGCUCCACAGAGAGGUGCUAGUCACUGGUUUGACUUCAAUGACUCCACAGUACAGUGUAUCCAGGAACGAGAAAUUGAAAAACAAUUCCAGGGAAAAGAGAGUGCAUAUAUGCUCUUCUACCGCAAAAGCCAACUACAGAGACCUAAAGAAGCUAAAGGCAAUGCACAGUUUGGAGUGCCUGCAUACCUCAUACACCAGAUGAACCAGAUAAAUGAGGAACUACAACAGAAAAGGAAGGAUGCUGACUCAGAAGCCCAUCGAAUGAACUUGCAUCUUCACCUUUCAUCUUGCUAUCAUUUUGAAAAUGGUGCUCUGCACCCUACAGUCUCCCAAGCAGACAGCACAUUGGAGAUAAGUGUAGAUCGACGAGGGACUGUGGCAGAUCUGAGAAGAACAGUUUUCAAGCUUCUGGACGAGGCAUUGGAAGGACAAGUGCUGAGUAUUGCCAAGUUUUUGCCAGCAGGGUUACAUAUCUUUGACAAUAUGUGUGAUGAUGAACAGACUUUGUCAAGAGCAGGAAUUAAAGAUGGAUGUGACAUAUUUGUGUGGGAUGGAAAGCAGGUUGGUGGUCUUCCAGUACACAGCGGUCCAGACUGCACACCAGUUAUUUUAACCAUCAUGCGGUCACGUAAAGACCAGAACAAUGACUCUUCACCAAAGUACUUGGAGAGCCACAGAGUUUUCCCAUUGAAUUUCCAUUUGAGAGACGUGCAAAACACGUUGGCUGGUAGUCCCUCACUGGAGUCACUGUUGUGCUCUCCGUCCACAGAGAAUAGUGAAGGCUGGAGUGUUUUUGCCAUAGAGGACAUGGACAAAACCCUUAACAUGCUGGGACUUAAAGACGGAAGUUCUUUGCUGCUGUUAGAUUCCAUUGAUCAAGGAGAAUUGGUUCUGGCCACAGAAAACAAGUCAGCUGAAGAUUUGAACCUUUACUGCAUUCAGCUCCAGGAUUGGUGUACGUCUGCAGAGGUGAAGAAGACUGCUCAAAUAUCUACAGAUCCUGAUUCUGCUGUGUCCUGUGUACACCAGAAAGCUGUUGAAUUAUUGGAAUUGCAAGAGCAUAUUGGUGAUACCUGCCUGAGACCCAUCCACAGAACUGGAAGAGUGCUUCCUCCAGUACCUGAAGAAGUCACGAUGCAGGAGGCUGAACUUAAACCUGGAAGCACCUUGGGAGUGUUCAGGGGGAGAGCACCUGGUGGCUCAGAGGUCUUCCUGUCCUUUGUUCUUGGCACUGAACUUCAGGAAGGACAAGAACAAGAGAUUAUACUGGAAGAAACACUAACAGUGAAAGAGUGCUUACAACGGAUGCUUCAGGAGGCGAGUUUACCAAUUGAAGCGGGGUGGCAUCUUAGGAAGAUGGACUGGUGUUAUGAAGCUGGAGAUCCCCUAAGGGAAGAGGACUCCUCACUGAAAGAUCUAAAUAUACGAUCUGGAGACACAUUUGUCAUAACGGAGGGAAGACUUCCACCCAAGGGAUUUCUGAAGUUACCCCUUUGGUUGUACUGUCCAAAAAUAGAACAGAAUUCUGCCUUCAGUUGCCUGGCAGCCCUGCAAGUAUCUCAAACAGGUGAUGCUUCUUCUCAUGAACAACAUGACUCUGAUUAUUCCUUCGUGGGUCACAUAGAGAUAUGCAAAGAGGCUUCUCUUCAAGAGCUUAAACUGCAGGUUAUGACGCUACCGCUUUUUGAUGCCCUUGGAAUUCCUUCUCCUGAUUUCCUCCGUAUAUGGACCUUAGAAAAUAAACGGUUGGCAAAAGUAUUGCGCUUAAACCACUUGCGAAUCAGUGACUACAAAUUGGGAAUCAGGACAACACUGUGUGUGGAGCCUCUGCAGGCAGAGGAGCGUCUAGGCCCCCAGGAUCUGCUCCUAAGAGUCCAGCUUUCUGUGCCAGGAGAAUAUCGCUAUUUCCCCCCAUUGGACAUUGCAUGGAAUAUCUCUCAUGGAUGUACAGCCUCGUCUCUUCGUCAGAAAAUCGCCACCCACUGUUCACUACCAACAGACAAAGUGGAGAUUGCAAAAUACUUUCCAGAGAAACACGAAUGGCUCCCAAUUUCCAGCUGGACUCAACAUGUUUCCAAAAAGAAGAAGAAAAAGAAAGCCGAGAGCCUGCAGGGGGCCCCAUAUUGUUUGAAGGAUGGAGAUAUCAUUGGUGUAAAAAACCUUCUGCUGGAUGACAAGAUAGACUUUAGCUCAGAGAAUGAUUAUAUAGCAAAGGAAAAACAAAGACAAUGUGCAGAAAGCAAGAAAAAUAGUGCACCAUCUAAUUGCAAUCCAAAGGUUCGCCCCAGUGGACGCAAACCAGAGACUUCUCUAUCCAUUCGAGUGGGAGUAUUCAGAUAGCACAGACUUGCUCCCAUGAUUGGAGCAUGAAAUCUAGAAUCUAUUUCUCCUUUAACUCAGGAAUGAACAUCCAGUAUACUGUCACUAGUAGGCAGAGCAAUGUUGUAAUAUAGGUCUAUAGUUUCCUGGAGGUCAGAAGCAGGUACUGCACUUACUGCUGCAGGUGUAUGGGUGCUUGUAGCUGACCUCGGCUGCAGAACAGAUGGUUCUGUGUAUGGAGGUGCCUUCUCUUUUCUCAUUCUCUGCUGUACAUCACCUGGAAUUGAUUUCCUUAAAUUGCUGCUCUGAGGAAGAAGGAAAGCAUAUAGCUGUAUUUCCUGCAAUCAGGUUUAAAAUCAUUGACACUGACAAUUUCUUUUUUAUUAUUUAUAAGUUACCUGUCAGUUCUUUUUGGUUCAUUUUUUUCUUUAGCAUAACAUUCCCAUGCUAUGGGGAGUCAUCAGCUGUCAAGGAAUAAAGGGAUAAUCAUGUACAAUUCUAUCAUCUCUUAAAGGUUCAGUCAGGCAUAUU